AUUAGUUCGCGAGCUCCGCCCAUUCUUAAGAUGGCUUUUUGCAGUGCUUUGUUGAAUGGUCGUUUCUGUUCCUCUCGUUUGUCUCCUCUGAUAAGUGAGCGGUCAUUAGCGACUAGCCAUCAUGCUGCCUGGUACAAGGAGAGCUUGGAGCAUCCUGAGGAGUUUUGGGGGCGACUAGCAAGAGAGAGACUCCGUUGGAUGAAGCCUUUCACUAAUGUUAUGGAUUGCUCAUUGAAAGAUGGACACUUUCGUUGGUUUGAAGGAGGAAAGCUAAACAUGUCAGACAAUUGUCUUGAUCGAAUUGUUGAGAAAGACCCUGAUCGUUUGGCAUUAAUUUGGGAGAAGGAUGAACCAGGACAGCAGGAGUACAUCACAUACCAAGAGCUCAAAAAUUUGACUUGUCGAGUGGCCAACACACUCAAGUCCCAAGGUGUCAAGAAAGGAGAUGUGGUUGCUAUUUAUAUGCCAGUCUCACUAGAAGCAGCUGCUGUGAUGUUAGCAUGCACUCGUAUUGGGGCAGUACACAGUGUUGUAUUUGCUGGCUUUAGUCCAACAGCACUUAAGAAUAGGAUACUUGAUGCAUCAGCAGAGACUGUCAUUACGACAGACGAGGGAGUAAGAGGAGGAAAGACAAUCCCACUCAAGCAGACAGUGGAUGCAGCUGUCUCUGAUUGUCCUUGUGUUAAAAGAGUGUUGGUAGCCACUCGGACUGGAGCCGAUGUAGCCAUGAAGGAUGGCAGAGACUAUAAACUAGAUGAACUGAUGAAAGGAGAAUCCCCAGAGUGUCCUCCUGAACCUAUGGACAGUGAGGACCCAUUGUUCAUGCUAUAUACUUCAGGCAGUACUGGUAAACCUAAGGGGAUCCUUCACGCACAUGCUGGGUAUAUGCUCUAUUCUGGACUAACACAACAAUAUGUAUUUGAUUAUAAAGUUGGUGAUAUAUUUGCUUGUGUUGCUGACAUUGGUUGGAUAACUGGUCACUCUCAUGCACUCUAUGGCCCACUCAUUAAUGGAGGGACAUCGGUUUUAUUUGAGAGUCUACCGAUAUAUCCUGAUCCUGGUCGGUACUGGGAGAUGGUUCAGAGGCUAAAAGUGACCCAGAUUUAUUUGGCUCCGACUUCACUUCGACUAUUACUAAAAGCAGGCGAUAGUUACGUAAAGAAAUAUGACAGAUCAACUCUAAGGACUCUAGGAUGUGUUGGUGAGCCACUAAAUGAUGAAGCUUGGAGAUGGUAUCAUAAAGUGGUGGGUGAAGAGAGAUGUACUGUUGUAGACACAUGGUGGCAGACUGAGACAGGAGGUAUCAUGAUAGCACCACGUCCAUCUUCCUCUGACUCCACUCCUAAAGCAGGAUACCCUAUGAGCCCAUUCUUUGGUAUUGAUCCAGUCCUCCUUGAUAACAAUGGUAAAGAAAUAACUGGUAAUGAUGUCAGUGGAAACCUUUGCAUCAGAAACCCUUGGCCAUCCAUUGCUAGGACCAUUUAUGGUGAUCAUGAGAAAUUCCUUAACACAUACUUCACAAAUUAUCCUGGUUAUUAUUUCACUGGUGAUGGUGCAUACAGAGAUAAAGAUGGUCACUACAAGAUAACUGGGAGGAUUGAUGAUGUCAUUAAUGUGAAAGGGCACAGAAUUGGAACUGCUGAAAUUGAGAGUGCACUAGAUCAUGAUUCACGUGUAGCAGAAUCAGCAGUUGUUGGAUACCCUCAUGAAAUAUUUGGAGAAGGUAUAUAUGCUUAUGUUAUACUUAAAGAUGGUGUGACUGAUAAUGAAGAUGACAUCAAGAAGGAUCUUGUUCAACUAGUUAAGUCACAAAUUGGCUCAUUUGCUGCUCCUCAAUUCAUUCUUAUAACUCCUGGACUGCCAAAGACACGCUCUGGUAAGAUCAUGAGGAGAAUCCUUCGUAAGAUAUCAGCAAAUGAAACAGAAGAGCUUGGUGACAUUACCACCCUAGCUGAUCCAUCAGUAGUGGAAACUAUACUCACCAAACACGACAGCACCACCUCCUCCACCCACAAUUGAAGAAUUUACGGACAAUUUUAAUUUUUGUGAUUGACUAAUUAUUAUUUCAUUAAUCAAUAAACACUGAAUGACAGUAUUGAUGG